UCCCAGGUCAGUUGUUAAUCUAACUUAAAGCUGAUCAGUGCUACGGAACCCAAUGUCAACCCCCAAUAAUCCAUAUAAGGGAUUACUGCUGUGCAGUUUUCUGGCAAUAUUGCAGUGUAUAUCCGCUGAGGUGGGAAAACUGGUCUGCUUCUACGAUGCUAAGAGUUUUGUGCGUGAAGGCCCCGCCCAAAUGUCGCUGGCCGAACUAGAGCCUGCCCUACAGUUUUGCAACUUUUUGGUCUAUGGCUAUGCGGGCAUCGAUGCCGAGACCUACAAGAUCAAGAGUUUGGAUCCUUCGUUGACACAUGACCACCAGCAUUAUCGUCACAUUACCGCUUUGCGCCAGAAAUUUCCCCAUGUAAGAUUCCUGCUCUCGGUGGGCGGAGAUAGGGAUUUGGACAACGGGGGCGUGGCGGAUACUGACAAGUACCUCAGAUUACUGGAACAGCCGGAGCAUAGGAGAAGCUUCCAGGCGAGCGUGAUCGCAGAGCUUAAGAAUAAUGGCUUCGAUGGACUCGAUCUCGCCUGGCAGUUCCCCAAGAACAAGCCCAAAGUUCAGCAGGGUGUGUUUAAGAGGGUUUGGGGAUCUGUUCGUGGCUGGUUUAGUUCUCCAUCGGUGGAUGAGAAGGCCGAGGAGCAUCGGGAGCAGUUCGCCACCCUUCUUGGAGAGCUGCAAUCGGAUUUGCGACGCAGUGGACAACUCCUGACCGUGACCAUGCUGCCCCAUGUUUCAGCAGAACUCUUCAUUGAUGUUCCCAAGGCUCUUGGCCACGUGGACUUUGUCAACCUGGGCACCUAUGACUUUCAGACCCCGGAACGAGAUCCAAAGGUGGCAGAUCUUCCCGCUCCACUAUACGCCAUGUAUGAUCGGGAUCCCAGCCAUAAUGUUCAGUAUCAGGUACAGUAUUGGAUGAACCAAACUUCCGAAAUCAGUGCCCACAAGCUGCACGUGGGUGUGGCCAGUUAUGGACGUGCUUGGAAUAUGACUCGAAACUCUGGAAUCACGGGCUAUCCACCGAUUCCAGCGGCAAAUGGUGCUGCUCCGGCGGGAAGGCAAACUGUUACUCCUGGAUUACUGAGUUGGCCGGAAACGUGUGACUUGCUCCAACAGCAGCCGCAGGAUCGGGAGGUGCCCCAUCUUCGCAAGGUGGGUGAUCCCACCAAGCGAUUCGGAAUCUAUGCCUAUCGGGCGGCCGAUGACCAGGGGGAAAACGGCCUGUGGGUGGGCUACGAGGAUCCUACAACGGCGGCCAUCAAGGCUGGUUUUGUCCAAGCCCAAGGAUUGGGCGGAGUGGCCUUCCACGACCUAUCCCUGGAUGAUUUUCGAGGUCAGUGUGCCGGUGAGAAGUUUCCCAUUCUGCGAAGCAUUAAAUAUAAGCUAUGAGUCUGCUUAACAAGGAAAUGAGACUAUAGCACAGACAAACCUCUGUUGACCUAUUAUAAAAUUUGUAAAAACGACCUUCUGCCCACAUGCAAGAUCUUUUAAAAAUAUUAACGAUAUAAAUAAAACGACUAUUGAAUAUCUUAAA